AUGGCUCCACCAGAUCUCAGCCCCCUCAAACAGCCCAUAGCCAUACGCCCCGAGCACAUCGCCACGAGCCCCACACGUCUGCGCGUCAAACAACGAGACAAUGCGCUGCACAGCGGGGACUUCAGCAUCUCGAAGGAAGAGACGAGCUUCUCGGGCGGGGCGAACAAUGCCGGCGCAUCAACCGAAGCGCCGCAACCCAGCAAGCUCUUCACCGUCGACGGCAAGCUACUGUCCGUCUCGCAGCGGCGCAUCUUCUACGACGCAUCCAGCCUGCCGCUCUUCGAGGUGUGCCGCAAGGCCCUCGGCACCACCUGGUAUGUGCAGGUGCCUGGGGCCGGCCGCGACGGCGCAGAUCUGAGGCUCGCGGAGCUAGCGCCUCGCUUCAGUGCUUUCAAGGAUAACCUUGACCUCUAUGUGCGCAAUGCUGCUGCUGAUGGCGAGGAUGCCUUCCUCGAGGUCCGGGGCCAGGAUAUCUGGAAGUUGCGCACGAAUGUUUAUGUUGAUGGUAAGCCGGUUAUGACGGUGAAACGCACGGAUAAGCUGGCUGUUUAUGUGCUGGGGAAGCACCUUGAGUGGGUCGUGGAUGUGGCGGAGGGCAUGGAUUUGAGUUUGGCUUCGGCAAUUGUAGUUGUUAUGGCGGCUACAAUGUACGAUAGCAACAUAACAAUGCCGGUGUCUAGAAGUGCGGGUAAGAGUGGGGGCGGCUAG